AAUGCCCCGCCUCUAUGGAAGUUGGCGGCGGGGUCAUACGGCUGACAGACUCCAGUACAUUCCCGAUAGCAGUGGGUAAGAAUCUUAACGCAGUUCAUCUUCAAGAAAGCUGUAUGAACCGCUUUUGAUUGAACCGAGAACUUUUAUCAUUCGGAAAAUCCGGAUAACGAGAUGUUUUGUUACCAUUGUCCACUCAGUGUGCCCCCAUCAUCAGUGGCGCCAAGGCCUCCGCCUCUUCCAUUCUCAGUGUAUUCAGCUGUCUCCCCUUACAGCGGUUACGGGUACCAGUCGGACCUACACGACGACAAUUUCGUGAGAAGAAAACAGAGAAGGAACAGAACCACAUUCACCGUUCAACAGUUGGAAGAAUUAGAAAAGGCUUUUGCCCAAACUCACUACCCUGACGUUUUCACGAGAGAAGAUCUAGCUAUGAAAAUCAACCUCACCGAAGCCCGAGUUCAGGUCUGGUUCCAGAACCGGCGCGCCAAGUGGCGCAAAGCAGAACGACUUCGCAAAGAGAGGGAGGAGAAGGACCGCCUUCCCUCUUCCGACGACCAGGGAGUUGCUCACGCUCAGGACGAUCCGGCCUCCCCCGAUGACGACCCCACAGACGACCCUGCACUUCUCCUGACUGGGGACAAAGCGGGGUCGUCGCCCUCCUCCUCCCAACGGCAUCUGACCGAUGAGGAAGAUGCGGACAGCAGCGGCAGGGAGGACGACCUCUCCCCGCCCAGAGCGGUGGCGGCGGCGGCCGCCACCGGAUCGGCGUCCGGGGAUGAUGCCGGAGGGGAGAACGCCAUGGAGGGCUCGCUGGCGAGCAUGUCCAAGACGUCUUCCACUUCCUCUGCAGAGUCUUCUAUGUUACUAGGGAGUACUUCUGAACACUUAAGUGAUUUUCCCUCCUUACUUCUGGCCUCAUCCAGAUCCCAAAUGGGAUCUUUCGGCGGUGAUUCCAAUCUCCUGAAGGAUCCGUCCGGUUGUCUCAGGCCAGGAUCCUUCCUGAGAUCUUCACUUUUCUCCUCUCUCUCGUCCGGCGGACCUCUGAGUAGCCAGGCGUGCAUGGAGAGCAUGAUGAAUCCCGCAAAUCACGGGAGGUUCCCUCUGCCGCCUAUGUACUUUCCUCACCAUCUUAGUCAUCAGUUCGCUCCCACCAGUCUGCCCUUCAAAGCAUUUCCCUUCUGCGCGUGUUGUCUUCCAAAACCCGUGACUUCCUCGGUGGUGACGUCACAAAGCUCUUCUCCCGACCCGACGUCUACUAGCGUCACUGAUUUGCGCAGGAAGGCGAGAGAGCACUCUCAGGCGCUGCUUCAGUCCGCCAUUCUCAACAGUGGCGCCACCCAGCGGCAGCAAGAUCCGGCGUGAUGCGAACGUCUCGUCUCCAGCUCGCUGAAGCAGACAAUAUCCAUUAAUAACAUUUCAAUUUACGAUAAGUUUGAUACGCCAAUGCUUUAUUUCGAAGUAUUAUUCGAGAACUUAUGAUGAGAAAACUCGAUGCUCGUCGUAAUUGUGCUUUCAAAGAUUCAUCCUGUUUAUGAAUUUUGCCAUGUUCUAAGCAGAAGACAUUCGGCAUUUUGAAUGUGACAGACGUCUCUGCUUUCGAAUAUUCGACAAAAAGUUAUCUUUUGCUCAUGUUUUACCUCUCGAGUCUAUUAUGAUUUUAAAAGAAAGUAUUACGAGUUGAUUACGUUUAUGUUUAAGAUGAAAGACAUCUUCAUGCCCAGUUUAUUGUAAAUUUAAGAUAAAUUGUAAAAUCAUAAGCUUUAUAUACUUAUUUCUAAACAUUUUAAUGAAGAACUUAUUUAAAAGUGCCUAAUUUAAGCGAAAUCAUCUGAAUUUAAUUAUUUUUUAAUAACUAUAAGUAAUGAAUUCUUACAUUAAUGAUAAUGAAAAGCAGGUAACUAAAAUCUGCAUAAAGGAAUUAUUGCAGUUAAAUUGAUGCUCAUUGCUAUUAUGAAAUCUCAAUCCAUCUGCUGUCGUUUCCUGGUAAAUUUACAGAAGGUGCUCCCGAAAGACGGCUACAAACGUUAUAUUUGAAAGCCGCAAUUAUUGUUCUUACGCAUGUAAUUUAACUACGGAUAUUGUCAGGUUUCUUAAAAUAAAGUGAAAAAUUUUAUGGAAAAAA